GAACGGGUCCAGGCAAGGCAUAGCAAUAUUCAUAUUUAGCAGCAGCAGGAGCAGCCGCAACAAUAAUAACAAGCAGCUUUGGAGCUGUUUGUCCCGUUAUGUAGGCAGGAGGAGAGAUGAAACGCAUGGUGCCAGCUUCAGCCAAAGACACGGAUGGAGACACGGGACUGUGAUCUGCAGGAUGUGGCGGCGCUCCUCUGUCAUACAGACAGACAUUGAAGAAGAGGCGGACCUUGUGAAUCGUCUAACCUCCUCAGACUGCACGUUUCCUGUGUGGGAGCCUUUCUUUGCUUUGGUUUUUUUUUUUUUGGCUGAAGUCUUUAGUCUCAUAAAUAAUGUAGCAGAAGUUUGACCGCCUUUAAACGCCGUCGUUAUUGUGGGUUUCCUUUUUUUUUUUUUUUUUUUUUUUUUUUUUCUUCCUUCUCCCUCGAUGGGGCAGAGCUUCACCCUCGUUUGUAAAUUGGUACACUGAUGUGGUGCAGGUGCCCCCCCCACACUGAAGUAAUCUGACUGAUCAUUGAGCCCCUCGGCACCUCACGCCUUUCAGGAGGAUGAACGGCUCCCUUUUAACCCCACCGAGCCCACGGGCGGCAAACUCCUCCCCUUUACCUCCAUCUCCCUCCCCCUCUCCUUCCCCACCCUCUCCUUCCUUGCUGCCCUUGUCCUCGCGCCCUCCCCCUCUCCCUCCGCUGAUGAGCCCGCCAUCCCAGGCCCAUCCGUCCUCGCUGUCAGACACGCCCACGCCAUCGCCCUCCCCUUGCUUGAGCUGGACCGAAUUCUGUGAGCUCCACGCCCGCGUCGCAGCCGGCGACUUUGCACGUCACUUCCGGGCGUUUCUCUUAGAAAACCCGCACUACUCUGCAGACUCUGCCGCUGCCUUCUGCCGCCGCUUCACCGACCGCUUCGUUCGCCAUUUCCAGAGCGAGCUGGAGGGGGCUCUCCCGCCAAGCUGUUCCUCUGCACGGGAUGAAAUGGUGAGCUGGGCUCCCCAGUCAGACGCUACGUCUCUGGAAGAGGAGGCGGUCUCGCCGCUGUCCACGACUGGAGGAGCGGUCCCCCUGUGUCCUCCAACUAACACGACGCGGGGCUCGAAGCCAGCGCCGGCACGUCUUGUGUUGGAGAACCGUGGCGGGGACAGGUUUCAGGAUUCUUAUGCCCACAGCCAAGUCCUGCCUCCAUCAUCUUCGUCAUCGUGCUGCUCUUCAGUAGGAGGGAACAACGGAAGGCGUGAGGAGAGUCGGAGCGUGAUGGCUCCGGGGAACGGCGACGCGCCUGUGGAGGAAGAGGAGGACAGCUGGCUCGGGGUGGCGUCCGUCGGCGAAGAGCUAGAAGAACGGGAAGCGGACUCGUCAGAGGUGGACAACGCAGACUCCUCCCACACUCCUCAGAAUCCACCCUCCUCAGUCACUCCUCCGCCUGGCUCAAAGGCGAGCGGCACGCCUGGUUCCUCCAAAAACAAGCUGAAGAAGCGUUUUUCGCUGCGGAACGUGGGGCGCAGCGUGCGGGGCAGCGUGCGAGGCAUCCUGCACUGGCGCAGCUCCUCCAGCGAUGCCACGCAGGCGCAGCUGCCUUCCAGCUACAGUUACACCAUGGGCGUGCAGGACACCUCUAAGAGGACCUCUGGCACGCAGCCUCCUACACCCACCUCCUCCAUGCCUGUUUCUCUGUCCAUGCCCCUCUCGCUUCCUCAUUCCUCCUCCUCCUCACUGCCCCCUUCGUCGUCGAGCAGCGCCACCUCCCUGUCGUUAUCAGAAGCUGCUCGGGAUCGGCGGCGGAGCAACGGCGAAGGAGGCGAGAAGGAGAAGUGGAGCCAUCGCCUGGAGAAGCUCAGAUUGUCACGAUCCCCUCCUCCCAUCCUCACCUCGACCACCUCCGGCUCGCACUCUGCAACGCUGCCUCCGAGCAGCGCCGCUGCCAUGGGUCCUCCAAGGAAGGUGGGCCGGCUGGUACGGGAGGGCGGGGUGAGCAUCAGCUCAUCCAGCGAUGAGUGGAGCGGCAGCCACGCCUUUUCCGGCUUCUCCUUCGGUCUGCUGCAUCACAGUACGGACAACAAUCCUGCCUCAGCGCAGUCUCCUGGAGCACAGCCGCCACCAGUGCAGUCUCUCGCCAGCGGGGGGAACGUGCCCUGGAGGGGAGGACGCUGGCACAAAUGUCGCCUGGUCCUCCGAGAACGGGACAGAGAAGGUGGCGAGCGUGGAGAGGAGUACUACCUGGAGUUCUUCAUCCCACCCAAAUCAUCGAAGCCUCGGCUGACUGUCCCCUGCUGCUCCAUUGUGGAUGUGAGGAGCACCACGGCGCUCGAGGUCCCCGACAAGGAGAACACCUUCCUGCUGCAGGUACUGGACGGGGCGACGCAGUACGUGAUCGAGACGCGAGACGCCGUUCAGAUGAGGGCGUGGCUCAGUGACAUCAGGAACGGCAUCUGUCUCAGUGAACAGGAAGAUGCCGAGGGUGUGUGCGGGGGGCCGUUGGACAUCAGCGGGACGCCUGAGAUCGGUGACCGCCUUUCACAAGUGUGUUAUGGUGGGAUCGGAGGCUCCUCUCCUCUAACGGAUCCUCUCCCGCCCGAGCUGCCACCUCGAGCACCUCUCGACGAACCAGAUGGCCGGAUUCACGGAGGGGGCGGGGCUAGUCUCGGCACACCGUUUGCUGAGACACCAGACGCCACAGGGUCUUUCCUCUUCUCUGACGUGACGCCCGUUGAGGCGGUGGAGCACCCGCUCAGCGAGUGUCAGUGGUUCCACGGCACGCUGUCCCGCCUUAAAGCCGCUCAGCUAGUGCUGGCUGGAGGCCCGGCGAGCCACGGCGUCUUUCUGGUCCGUCAAAGCGAGACGCGGCGCGGAGAAUACGUCCUCACCUUCAACUUCCAGGGCAAAGCCAAGCACCUCCGCCUCUCGCUGAAUGAGGACGGUCAGUGUCGAGUGCAGCACCUGUGGUUCCAGUCCAUCUUCGACAUGCUCGAGCACUUCCGCGUGCACCCGAUCCCCCUGGAGUCCGGCGGCGCCUCUGACGUCACGCUCAUCAGCUUCGUGGGAGCUACCGCCAUUCGGCAGCCAGACUUGACCAGCAGACCCCGUAGCCCUCCUCAGCCUCCUCCCCUGCCGCCGGGCCGCCCCCCGCCCCCGACUCCGCCCCAGGAGAGAGGAAAUGAAAUGGAGGUUGGAGGAGCAGGAGCAGCAGCAGCGGCGUCGGCAGUGACAGUCACAAUCACAGGAGGAGGAGGAAGCGGAGGAAGUGGAGGUGGUAGCGGAGGUGGCGUGGAGGACUGGGAGGAGAGGGACAGGGACACGCCUCUCCGCCAACUAGAAGCUGCAGACGGAGAAGAGAGGGAGGGAGCGAGGGUGCCCCGAGCCAUCGAUAACCAGUACUCCUUCUUCUGAUGGAGGAGGAGGCGUAUGUGUGUUUGAGUGUGCGUGACAGUGGGAUUGGAUGAGGCGGCGUACAUCAUAGCCAUUCAUAACCAGUAUUUUAUUUUGUUAGCGAGGAGGAGGGGGAGGAGUAAAAGUACUAACACUAUGUGAGAGAGAGACGGAGAGGCGGGUGAGCGCAGCUUUACAACACUAACGAGAGCGGUACAUUUCUUCAUAGCCAGAUAAGCUUUGUUUUAUUUUGCCGGUACGCCUCGCAGCAGGCUCAGGCUCGAGCCCUGUGACGCCAGCAGACCCGACGAUACCUCACAGCGGUCCUGUCAGGACGGCACACGCUAGCCAGAGGCCAAACAUACUACAGACAUUUCUACUUUGGCAGCCAGACCCGAAAUAUCGCGGCGCCGCAGCAAACCAAAAGCGACGGAAAUGUUGGAAAGAAACUUGGAGUUGAAUAAAAAAGUUUCUGAAGCCGAGCUCGGCCAGGUAGCACUAAGAAACCAGUUUAUAAACCCCCACACUAACAUUUAAACUCCGCCCACACAACAUGUGACUGCUUGUAUUAAUACUACAGAUGAUGUUAACACUAAAGCCACUAUUUACGUUCACUGCUUCACUUUCAUAGGUCUUAGUUUAAAUGGUGGAAUCACGUUUAUCCUAACGUUCGUCCCAAAUACAGUCUGUUUUUAGCGUCGUCAGGUCGCCGAGGUGCACGUUGUCGUUUCACUGUGGCGCUCUCACUGAGCUGACGGUACGUUCUGUUCAGCUGCUGCUAUUAUUUAUUCUAGAAACGCCUUUAAAACAACACGAUGGUGACGUCUGCACCGGGAUGUUUGUUGGUCGGUGAUAAUCGGAUCCAAGGAAAAACACAAUGACUGAAUGUGAGGCGCCGCAGGCUGACGCCUUCAUGAGAGAUUUACUUUCAUUAGUUCUUGAAGUGUAUGAGCAUAUUUUGGGGUUUAUUUUAUUUUCACUUUUGGACUUUGACACAAAUUGGUGCGUUAACUUUUGUUUAUUAUAUUAAACUUCAUUAUUGCCAGUGUGAGACUGUAACGAUACUCGCUGCUGUUGGACUGAGUCCACCAAUCAUCACCUUCAUCACGGGGGGCGGGGGCAAUGUUCGGUGAGCUGCUCGUCACUUCAGUUUGGCUUCAACCUUUAAAAUAUCACGUCUAAGUUUAGUUUGGCCUGUGGUGUCGGCAUCAUUCUUAAUGGACUCGUGAGCAUUAAAAUGGUUUUCUUUUAAUUUAGCUUAAAGUCAGACUUUCUUGACUCGUACAUCUUUAAGACCGAGGAACGGGUUUUUGUUUUAAACAGUGACAUUUUUAAGUGGAGUCUGAGUUCGUCAGCAUUAAAACAUCAGAUGUCAUCAGUGGCGUUUGGUUUGGCUCCUCGGCAUUAAAGUGUCAUGAAGAUUUUUGUUUUUCAAAUUUAAAUGCAGUUUUUGAGAAUUUUAAUAAAAUUUUAAUAGAACCAUAAAUUGGCACGUUUACAAAAUGAUUUAAUUACAUUUUAUUUAUAUAGCACCAAAUCACAACAGUCGCCUCACCGCACUUUGUAUUGUGAUGCAUUCAUGAGGUGACAAAUAAAAAUCGUAACGUUUUCCCUGCAGCGUCCGUCACGACUGUUUUAAAUGUGUCCCAUGUCUGUAAGCUACGGGCCUGUGUAGCCAGCGCACUGACAGCUAUGGAAACUCUCAUUUUAACUUUAAUUAUUAUUUUUUUUUACUUAAAUCACAGCAGGAUUCCUUUAGAGCAGAGGGCUCAAACUCCUCGUCCACCGUGGGCCACGUGGAGCCCACUGUGACUUUAAGUGGGCGGGGUCAGUGAGACUCUCCUUUCAGUGUAAGAAAGUGUAACCAUGUUUAAAAAUCCCUGACAUGUUAAUGUAAGGAAAAAGCGCACAUUCAGCAGCAUGUCUGUUUUUCUACAUGUUACACUGAUGUUGUAGUAAUGAGAGAAAUUGGCGUGCACGUGUCGACGCUGAUGUCGUCAUUUCUGUAGCAGUUACUGAAGAAACGGAGCUGUUCUCAUUUCAGUUUCACGUAGUUUGGUGCGAUGUGAUUGGCCGCGGUCAUUAUCAGCAGGAAAAGCUGUAAAACUAAAAUCUACACCCUCCUCCACCUUCUCCAAAAGCAUCCAGUGGGCCAGAUAUGACUCUCUGCUGGGCCAGUCCUGGCCCCUGGGCCUUAUGUUUGACACCCCUGAUUUAGCGUGGUAUUUGGGGGUUUUUUGGGGUUUUUUUUCUCCCUAGUGACCAUUCAGGCCUCCUCCUAGCAUGUUUUAACUUUCGUAAAUAACGACGUGCAGUGACAUCAUGUGCACCCCCCCCCCCCCCCCCCCCCCCCCAAUCGUGCUGCGCGAUCAGUCGUACCUUUGAGACGUACGUCCUGAGCAGUAAAGUUUAUUUUUCUUUUAAAUAGUUUGGUUUGGCGCCGCCUGAGAGGAGGCAGCGGGUCGGGUCUGGAUCAGGCAGGAAACAUUUACCUCAGUCACUCAGCAGCAUCACUCGGUGUAAAUGUCUCUCUCUUUUUCUCUCUGACGCUCAAAAAGAAUCUGAUCUCAGAGCUGAUGGGUUCAGCACCAGUAAGAUGGAAAUAAUAAUACUGAUGAGGGUCAGAGUAAUAGUAUUACAUUUGUCUUUGUUUCGUACGCUCCAUGUUACACUUGUUCCGACUCAUCUUGUGAUUCAGUUCAGAUGUUUGUGCCUUUUUACGUUUGGGGAUAAAAAGAAGGAAUGAUGACGAUCUAGGACUCGUUGUGCAGGUGGCGGGCUCCCUCACCCUUUUCAAUCUGUCCCCCCCUCCUCCUCUGCCUCGUCCUGCAUCAUUAAAAUUAUAGCAGCAAAUGUCGAUGAAAUACUUUUUCUCCUUGUGCCUUUCUGUGUCGUCUCAUCACCUCUGCCUGCAUCUGUCGCUCAGUUCAUUUACUCAUGUCAUAGCCCACCCAGUCUCGCUCUGCUUUCCUUUGCUCAUGUACUCGUCUGAUCAUCAUCAUCACCAUCAUCAUCAUCAUCAUGUUCUGUGUCCUUUUCUCAGUUUCAGAACUCUUUGUGCCUUUCUCUGUCUCUUUCUCUCUUUGCUGGGACCGUGUGUUGAAGCCGGACGGCAGCGUCUGUCUGGCCUGUGUGGUUAGUUUCAGGUACUACAUUGAAUUUAAUGAUAAUGAUAUAAUAUAAAUAUAGUGA